UUUUACAACAAAACUGCCACUCACAGCAUGGCUCCCCGUUGACGUAAGAUCCGGAAAGUCCACUUCUCUGUCUAUGGAAGCGCGCAGUUCACUUGGAGUAGACUUUGGCUGCAAGAGACCUUAAACACCAUACUUGGGCAUCACCAUAAAACUGAGCCAUGGCCAACUUUAAGAUCCGAAAGUACCGGGAUGAGGACUCUGAAACCGUAAAGGAGCUCUUCACCUCAGGGAUGAAUGAGCACCUGCCUUCGUCCUUCAUGCACGUCCUGAAAGAGCCGCUGACUCAGAUGUUGCUCAUGUGCACCUUCUGCUCGCUCAUGGCCACCUCCCAGUCCUUCCUGCUUCCCGUCCUGGCCGUCACCCUCCUCCUGGCCGGAGUCCGGCAGAUGAUCGUCUACAUGUUCAACGGCUACAUAGACGCGUCUUUGAAGAAUGACCUCAGCGACAUCAGCGAGACCUACCUGCGGAAGAAUAAUUCGUGUUUCUGGGUGGCAGAAAGCGAUGGUCAGGUGGUUGGGACGGUGGCGUGUCUCCCCGCCGAGACAGCACCCGGGUUUUUGGAGCUGAAGCGCAUGUCGGUGCGCCGCAGUCACCGGGGAAAGGGAAUUGCUAAGGCUCUGUGUCGGACAGUAGCGGAUUUCACUAGGGAGAGAGGUUUCUCUGCUGUCAUACUUUACACAUCUAUGGUCGCUACCGAUGCUCAAAAACUGUAUGAACACAUGGGUUAUAAGAAGAUGAGGCAGUUUCCUGUACCAGAGUUUUUUGCGAAAAUCAUCAACUUCACUCUGAUUGAGUACAGACUCGAUUUAGAGGAAGAGAAAUAAAGCUAGUGACACCGACAAACUCUUUAAAACGUCUUUGUAGUUAGUUUAUUUCAUCUUUUUUUGUGACAAGUUCAGCUCCCGCUGUUACUGUCUAAACAACGUCCAUUAUGCAGCAUGUUUUCUCCUACCCUUUUUGAGUUGUUUAUCUACGCAUUUAAAAAUUUCUGUAAACAAUAAUCACAGUAAGGAAGCCAUAUUUCUCUUUUUCUGAUAAUCUGCUGUUGUGCUGCCAUAUAUGGACGUGGUGGCUUCUGGUUGUUGAUGUGUGUGCAGGUGCAUGGGGAGGAUCUGGGCCAUGUGUGGGGUGAGCAGUUUUUCAUUGAAAAUAAUGUAUAAAUAUUCUGCAUAUUUCAGCUCCAAUAAACAUAAUGGUAAUCGCUUGUUACCAAGUUCUGCAAGAACCUGCAAAUAAACUGGUUUAAAUCAAAUAAG